AUGGGCGCCGCCGUCGCCAAGCUCCGCGCGCGCGCGCACCGUCCGAUCGACGAUGAGCGAUGCGCCGAGCUCAAACCGGUCUGGGGCCCGUUCGUCGACACCUUCGUCGCCACGCUGCACGCCCAAGGCGCGGCGGUGCGCGCGCCGGGAGCGGAAAACAACCCCGCGAACGAUCGUGCGCCGUCGACGUCGUACCGGAAGCCCGCGGUGGAACGAUUGGUUGCGAUUGGCGACGUCCACGGCGACCUGUCAAAGGUUCGAGAGGCGUUCCGAGCGGCGGGGAUGACGAAUGAAAAAGAUGAGUGGGUCGGUGGAAGCGCGACGUGCGUGCAGGUUGGGGAUCAGUUGGAUCGAGGUAAGGACGAGGUGGCGAUCUUGCACUUCUUGGAGCGCCUGAGAGGCGAGGCGAGAGACGCCGGGGGUGAGCUCGUGGUGAUGAACGGGAACCACGAGACGCUCAACGUGAGUGGACGUUUCAGGUACUCGCUCCCGGAGGGCCGAGCUGAUUUUGCGCGAUGGCGGGCGAGACAAGACAUCGGGCGCGCGCUCAGAGCGAACUGCGGACUCGCGGCGGGCGCAUGCGAGGCGCGCGCGGGCGAAGCGGCGAAAUCGGGCGCGCUCCCGAGCUUCGUCAAGGAGGGCGAGGGCGAUCGCUGGCGCGCCCUCGCCCCGGGUUCACCGAUGACGAUGCGGUUCUUAGCGCAUCAACCCGUCGUCGUGGCGAUCGGAAGCACGCUUUUCGUGCACGGAGGGGUGUUACCUGAGCACGUGAAAUACGGAUUGGACACGCUCAACGCAGAAAUCUCAGCGUGGAUGCAGCGCGGGAAGAUUAAGGCCGCGCCGCCACUCAGCGUGCAGGGACGCGACUCUUUGGUUUGGGCGCGAGAUUACUCGCACGUGCAAGAGCACAAAUGCGAUUGCGAUUUGCUCAAGGAGACGCUCGCGAUGAUUCCAGGUAUCGAACGCGUCGUCGUCGGGCACACCAUUCAGCAUCCUUAUGGAAUCACCAAGGCGUGCGACGGGCAGGUGAUUAGAAUCGAUGUUGGCAUGUCCAAGGGGUGUUUCGACGCCAAACCGGAAGCCUUGGAGAUUCUGAACGACGGUGAGCGAAUCUCCAAAAUGAAGCUAAAUACUGAAGGCAAGGUGGAGACAGCGCCGCUCGGAUGA